CUGAUUCUGCGGUUAGCGGUAUUCCAUUCGAUCUCUCCUCUAUCCCUCUCUGGGGUGGUCUUCCCUCCCCACAGGUGAUCCCACCGCCGCCCGGUCCGCCCCCGCCCCCGCCCCCGCCCGGCGGUGGUCCGGUCCGGGCGGCGGCGGCGGGAUGCCACCCGCCGCCGCCGCCGCCGCCGCCGCCGGGGGGCGUCCUUGAUUGGCGAGUCGGAGAGGCCGUCGGCCGGCGCCCUCAGUGGCGUCCAGCGCGGCGCCGAGGCACCACCGCCGCCGCAGUGUGACCAUGUCGACCCCGCGCCCCAGCCGGCCGCGGCACCAGCCGCCGGCGCUGGCACCAGCCGUGCUGCUGGUGCUGAUCCCUCUGCUGGCCGCCGCAGCACCAGAGCUGGCCGCCUCCUGGGAGUCGGUGCGCAACUGGAGCGUGCAGCCCGUGUGCGUGCCCAUCCCGCAGAACAUGUCGCUGUGCCGCGACAUCGGCUACUCGCAGAUGCGGCUGCCCAACCUGCUGCAGCACGAGAGUAUGGCGGAGGUGGUGCAACAGUCGGCCACCUGGGUGUCGCUGCUCAACCUGCGCUGCCACCCGGACACCCAGCUGUUCCUGUGCUCGCUGUACGCGCCCAUCUGCCUGGAGAGCGAGAUCCUGCCGUGUCGCAGCCUCUGUCAGAACGUGGAGCGGGGCUGCGCGGGGAGAAUGGCAGAGUACGGCUACCCGUGGCCUGACAUUGUGCGCUGCGACAAAUUCGCAGAGGAUAACGACAUGUGCAUCAAGCCGCAGGCAGACAGGAAGACCACGACAGUUGAGGAGCCGAAGAAGGCGGAAUGCGAGGUGUGUGAGCAGCCAGAGACCAAGGAGAGCAUCAUGGAUCACUUCUGCCGCGCCGACGUCGUUUUGGUCUCCAAGUUCCGCCGGUUGCGGCCGCAGCGCGCACAGCUCGGCAAGGGCCGCCUCUUCAAACCCCAGUCGGCCCCCAAGGAGCAGCGGCGCGCCCUGCGAAGACCUCGACUCGCGUGGAGUCACGACUCGUCCUGCUGUCCGGCCGUGAAGGAGCGCGCCGGGAAAUACCUGGUGAUGGCCAGGAGGAACCAGGGCGGACAGCUGGUGCCCACACUGGUGAUGCCUUGGAAACGAGACCGGCUGUUCCGGUCAGUUCGCGGCCUGAUGCGACGUUUCGACUGUUCCGACUCCCGUACCAUCCAGGAGCAGAUUCUGCCCUCGGCCGUCCGCGGUGGCGGCAAGCGAGGCCGAAGCAAAUCGGGCCGUCGCCGCCGACCCAAGCGGCCCCGCCGGCGGCAGGGAGGUCGCCGGAGGGGGUCGAGAGGUCGCAAACAGGGGGCCAGGCGCCGGGGAAGGGGAAAGAACCGAAAGAACCAGACGACCACCACCGUGCCGCCAGCGACGACGGUGUGAAGUGGGAGAGAAGGCGACACGACAGUCAGCAAGCUAUAGAUGAACCCACAGAGACACGAGGGGCUCCAGAGAAAACUCGAGCUGAUGCGUUCACUGUGCGCGUGGCUGCUGAACUAUGAAUGUGAUCUGUGAAAAGUGACGAUCAACAGAGGACUAGACCCGAAAUCGCUGAGACGACCGCGGCUCUGCGCUAGCGUCGAGGCAAAACAAUUUCAGUGACGUGAGCGGCACUGGACUGAGCGGGCGGAUGAAUAUUGUAUACGCCGAGCUCAAAGUACUCCCGAAACACCCUCGCCAGUUGGGCAGGGAACGGUACAGUGCAGCCCGGUAGAGUACAUCGGAUACAGUGCAGCUCCGUCAACCGUACCGGGCGGGCGGACCCGCAAUAGCGCGUGAUCGCGAUAGGUGCCAUGUCGUGGACUACACGUGUGAUAAGUGUGUUGUGUUUUGAACACUGGGUGGGUCCCGUCGCGGUAUGUUGGCGCAGUUGUGCAAACGAAAGCCGUCGGAACGGCGACCGGGGAGGCGCAGGGUUUGUAAUUGUUACAUGGAGUAUUACAUGUAAUUGUUACUCUGCAAAAUAUAAAUAUCGUUGUAACUU